GUCUUAAGAAGUUUGAAUUUUGCGAUUUAGCUUCAUCGGAUAUUCGUCGAUUUUGUUUUGAAAUGCUUUAGAAUUAUACAUUUUACAAGAGAUUUAAUCCAGUAAAUUAAAUCACAAUGCCUGAAAUGUCUUUAAAAGAUUCAAUAAUUACAUCACUAAGCGCACAAGAACCCUGGCCAGACAAUGUGAAGUUGUUCCAGCCGUAUGAAGUCGAGCAAAUAUUGUUACCUGACAAUGCUAGUUGCUUAGCUGUACAAGCAUUUUUAAAGAUGUGUAAUCUCCCUUUUGAAGUAGAAAUGCGAUGGAAUGCAGAAUUUAUGUCUCCAUCUGGUCGGGUACCAUUCAUAAAAUGUGGAGCUUUUGUUGUAUCUGAGUUGGAGCCAAUAGUGCAGUUUGCAGCAAACAAGGGUGUUUCAUUAUGCAGCAAACUAAGCACAGAAGAGAGAGCUGAAAUGAGGGCUUAUAUGAGUCUGAUAACUAAUGUCUUGGUUAAUGCUGAGUUAUACAUUUCGUGGGUAGACCAGGACACAUACAAUACAGUGACUCGGAUUCGCAACUCAUCAGUUUACCCUUGGCCACUUGGUUGGAUCCAAACUCGGUCAAAACGUAAUGCUGUUAUUAAGCGAUUAAAAGCAUUGCAUUGGUAUGACAAGACAUUGGAACAGGUUUUGGCUGAUGUAGAGCAAUGCUGCAACUCACUCAGUCAACGUCUUGGGGAUAAAGACUAUUUCUUUGGAACAGCCACACCCCUUGACGCACUUGUUUAUGGACAUAUAAGAGCUCUGUUAUCCGCUGUGGGUCCUAAAGCGGCCUUACUCAUAAAACCUGUAACAAGCUGUCUCCUUAGACAUUUAUUACGGAUGACAGAUUUAACACAGAUGACUUUAAGGCCCCAAGAGGAGUACUUGGUGGCUCAGGGUUGCCACCUCUGUUCUCGUAGACAUUCCCCAGAAAGGUCAAUAUCGAGAACAAAACGAUCAAAAAUGUGCAUACGCAACCCUAGUCGGGACAAUGUUACAUACAAUAAGGAUGUUUUUGCAGGUUUUAAGCCAUUUGCAUCAAGACAAGUUAUAAUAAUGACAACUAAAAAUGGUACGAUUACAUGCGAAUAUGAAGGGCAGGAAAUGAGGCAAAUGGAAGAAUCGUACGAGUUCAUAAACGAUAUAAUAUAUGAUAUUAUUGAUAAAGUUGAUGAAAUAAUUUCUGAUAUCGACAAACAAUUUGAAUUUAUACCCUGCCCUAUUAUCGAUAAAAGUUAUAUUAAAGUUAACGAUUUUCUGGAUACGAUCGAAGAGAAUAGCGUUUCUAUAGAAACUGAGGAGGAUGUGUUGCAAGUUAUUGAUGAUAGCGAUGUUCUCGAUAAACAUGAAUCGGAUAUCGAUGAAAAAGCCAAUGAUAUGGAUUCUAGACCGACAGAACUUGACGCCCUAGUAUUUGGUCACGUGUUCACAAUAAUAACCACGCGUUUACCGUGCCGUAAACUCGCAGAUACAGUUCGUCGACAUGUUAGUUUGGUCGCGUUGGCUAAACGUGUGGACGAACAAUACUUCAAGCGCGCAUAGCCUGAGAUAUUCAAGGACAUCUCUACCGUAUUUCAGAGUCCUUGAAUCUUAUACCUGUCUCUUUCCAACGUACUAGUGGAAUAGUUUCGUCCUUUUCUCGGACCAUAAACUGUUUUGAAUCUGUGGGUGUUAUUGUUUUUAUGAUUUUGUAUCGAGAGAGUUAUGUUGUUGAAUAUAAAUAUUAUUUAUGAGUGCAAACUGCUGACAUACUUGUAUUAAUACAGUAUUUUCAUAUAAACUUUAAUGUACCGAAUAAAAUUAUAACCUUAUUUACCUUAUAUCCAGGCUUAGAAUAUUUGUCUAUGCAUUUCAAAUAUCUGUUUUUUAUAACCAGAAAAUUUAUCUUCUAUCAUGUAUUUAUUUUUCCAUAGAGAACAAUACUAAUGUAUACUUAGAAUUAGAUCUAUAAUAAUAUACCCUAAACAAAUGUUUAUGUUAAGUAGUCUUAAGUUAAUCGUAAAUUAACUCUGUACUUAUUAUGCAUUUGACAUUUUAACUAAAUAGGCAUUAAAUAUGCUUAGAAAUUAAAAAAAAACUUGCUUAGUGUAAGCAGCAGCACCUGUAUAUUAUAUCUGGCUUUUUACCACAGCCAUUUCUAUGCCUACAUGUAUUUGGGUCUGUGAAGCAGUUUGUCCUUACGUUUUAGGCUUCCGUUAACACAUUGUUAAUGGCAAUGCACAAAUUGUUCUAAGAUUUUUAAUUUGCAUGAUUUUCCUGCAAAUUAAUAAACUCCUGAAUUAACUUACAAAGUAGGCAAAAUUGUAUAUUAAUAAGCAUUUGUUAAGUUUAUAUUUGCAAGCAUUUUGUUAUUAGUAAUGAAAUUAAUAAAUAUAGUCACAC